GAGCAGACAGCCAAAUUUCAAAUAAAUCGGCCUCAUACGCGCCGAUACGCGGUUCACCUGACGAGCCACAGCUGCUGUGAACUCCUCUAAUAGCGGUGAGCCGCUGCGCGCGAGAAAACGCCGCGCUGCGCCGCGUAGAAGCUGCGCAAAGCAAAUUGGCGCCGCCGCUCUUUGGCACAUAACACAGCCGCGCGGGCCACAAACGAGCAACCAUGGACGACGACUUCGAGAUGGACGAGGCGGAGCUCGAGCGCAUGGAGGAGGAGAUGAUGGCCGAGCAGGCCGCGGCCAAGAGCGGCCAGCCCGAGCCCGACGAGGCCCCCACCGACUGGGUGGCCCCCUUCCUGCGGCCGCCGCCGCCGGCGGAUAUUGCUUCUAGAGCCAUCGCCUUCCAGUGGGUGUCCAUCGACAUGUACACGGGCGAUCCCCUACCUUCCCACCCUAGAGGUGGUCGGGUACCGGGCGGCAACAAGCGGCCUGUACCUAUUGUAAGGUUAUACGGUUCGACGGAAGAGGGCCAGUCCGUCUGCGCCCACUGCCACGGCUUCACGCCCUAUUGUUUUGCCCAAGCGCCUCCUGACUUGGAUCCGGAUGAUCGAUCCGCGGGGCCGAAGAUGCGAGCAGCUCUAGAUGCCGCGCUCCGGUCAAAGUGCACAGGACAAGAAAAAUACGCUUCCGUACUCUGCUUAGGCGUGGAGAUUGUGCGCGGCAAGCGAAGUAUAUUAGGAUACAACACGGAGAACAAACCUUUUGUCAAAGUAUACCUAUCGUUACCUACGCUAGUACCCAAGUUGAAACGCUGCUUGAGCGAAGGCGUCGGUGUCGGCAAGGACGUCGCCUGGCGCGCGCAGACGUAUGAGAGCAACGUGCCCUUUGUGUUGCGGUUUAUGAUCGACAACAACCUAGCCGGCGGCUCGUGGUGCGAGGCGCCCGCGGGGAGCUUCUUUUUGAGAGGUACGCCGGGCAAGCUGCCGAAGGCUACGAGAUGUGACGUGGAGAUCGACGUCAUCUUCGACUCGCUGAUUGCUCAUCCUUGUGAAGGGAGCUGGUCUCGGUUGGCCCCUCUACGCGUCCUCGCGACGGACAUCGAGUGCCAGGGCCGCAAGGGCCACUUCCCGGAGCCCGAGAAGGACCCCGUGAUCCAGAUUUCUUGUGUGGUGCAACUGCAAGGUUCGGAUGAGCCCCUGUGCCAAGUGAUCUUCACGCUGAACGGCUGCGCGCCCAUAAGCGGCGCGGAGGUCGUCCCCUCGAAGACCGAAGAAGAACUCCUGCAAAAAUGGUCUACUUUUAUAAGAAGGGUCGACCCGGACAUCAUCACGGGGUAUAAUACGCAAAAUUUCGACAUGCCGUACUUACUCAAGAGAGCCGCUGCCUUGGCUAAAUCAGGGAAAAAAUUAGGAACGUUCUUCGAACUAGGAAGGAUUGUGGGUAGUAGAGCUAGGAUGCGGGAGACGUCGAUCCAGAGCGCGCAGAUGGGUAAACGCGAGAACGUCGACACGACGGUCGACGGUCGGGUCAUGUUCGAUUUACUACCGUGUGUGGCGGCGUCCUGCCUUCAGUCUUCGCGUCGACGGCGUCGCCAGCACGCCAUCGCCGCGACGCCACACACACAACAUCGCAACGAAUCGCUCGCACCAAAAGCGCGACACGCGCAGGUACAUGUUCCGCAACCACAAGCUCUCGUCCUACUCCCUCAACUCCGUCUGUGCGGAAUUCUUAGGAAUGCAGAAGGAGGACGUGCACCACUCGAUUAUCUCGGAGCUGCAGCAGGGCACGGACGAAGAUCGGAGAAGAUUAGCGGUCUACUGUAUUAAGGACUCCUACCUCGUGAUUCGAUUGAUGUGGAAGCUCGCGGUGCUGAUUAAUUAUAUUGAAAUGGCUCGUGUUUGUGGCGUACCUUUGGACUACUUAUUGAACCGAGGCCAGCAGAUCAAGGUCUUCUCCAUGCUUUUGCGGAGGUGCCGCGCCGAGAAUUUGUUAGUGCCGAACCUCGCGAAGCACGGCAACAACGAGGACGUCAAGUUCGAGGGCGCUACCGUGAUAGAACCGAAAAGAGCUUUUUAUGAAGAACCCAUCGCGACGUUAGAUUUCGCGUCUCUGUACCCGUCGAUCAUGCAAGCCUACAACCUGUGCUACUCGACUUUAAUCUCGAAGACGGACGCGGAGCGCCAGUUCCCCGGCGGCUCGGGCACGGCCUACAAGCCGUCGCCGCAGUGCGUGGACGGGGUCCACCACUUCGUCACGGCCUCGACCCGAAGAGGUAUCUUACCUAGAAUUCUGGAAGAUCUACUAGCAGCUCGAAAGCGCGCCAAGGCGGACAUGAAGAAGGCCACGGACCCCAUGGAGAAGGCCGUGCAGAACGGCCGGCAGUUGGCCCUGAAGAUUUCCGCGAAUUCUGUGUAUGGUUUUACGGGUGCCGCGGUGGGCCAAUUGCCCUGCCUGCCCAUCGCGUCGACCACGACGGCCUACGGUAGAACUUUACUGCUACGAACCAGAGAAUUCGUCGAAAGUACCUACACCAUCGCGAACGGGUACCCCGCCAACGCGGAAGUGGUCUACGGCGACACGGAUUCGGUCAUGGUCAACUUCGGCUUCGGGGAUGUUGCUGAGACGCUCCCAAAGGCGGAAAAAGUCGCCGAGGAAGUGACGAAGAUCUUCCCUGCGCCAGUGAAAUUAGAGUUCGAAAAAGUAUACUUUCCUUACUUACUCAUGAACAAGAAGAGGUAUGCUGGUUUAUUAUGGACUAGACCAGAAACCCAUGACUACAUGGACGCCAAGGGUCUCGAGACCGUUAGAAGAGAUAAUUGUUUACUCGUGAGGCAGUUGGUGGAUGGUUGUUUGAGAAAGAUCAUUAUCGAGAGGGACACGAGCGCGGCGAUUAACUAUGCGAAGCGAGCCAUUGCUGAUUUGCUGCAAAAUAAGAUUGACAUCGGUCAUUUGGUCAUUACCAAAGCCUUGUCCAAAGAGGCCGACUCGAAGGAUUAUAAAGCAAAAUCCGCCCAUGCGGAAUUAGCCAAAAGGAUGCGCCAGCGCGACCCGGGCAGCGCGCCGAACGUCGGCGACCGCGUCCCGUAUGUCAUCGUCCAAGCUCCCAAGGGCACGGCCGCGUACGAGAAGGCCGAGGACCCCGUCUAUGUGCUGGACCACAACCUGCCACUGGACGCGUCGUAUUACUUACAAAAUCAGUUAGCGAAACCCUUAACGCGCAUCUUCGAGCCGAUCAUCAAGGACCCCGAGUCGACGUUAUUGCGGGGCGACCACACGCGCGUCGUCGCGAAGCCGACGCCCGUGGCAAGAAAGGGCGGCAUCAUGGGCUUCACGAAGAAAACAUUACAUUGCUUGGGCUGCAAGGCGAAAAUAAGUUCGGGCACGGUCUGCGGGCACUGCAAGCCGCGCGAGGGCGAGGUCUACCUGAAGCGCGUCCACGAGUGCAUCGAGCACGAGCGGACCUUCAACGAGCUCUGGACGCAGUGCCAGCGGUGCCAGGGCUCCCUGCACCAGGACGUCCUCUGCUCGAAUUCGGACUGUCCGAUCUUCUACAAGCGCAAGAAGGUCCAGGCCGACCUCCGCGACUCGUCGAGUCACCUGCAGCGCUUCGACGUGGACUUCUCCUGGUAGUUUGCUUGGGUGGGCGUAACUUAGGUUUAGGUGUA